CUAACGACUGACAGAAAUCGGUACCGUUGGAGUUACAUGUGCAUGAACAAAUUACACAAACAUCAGUUUUGUGCAGAACAAAACACAACAUUAUUAACCAUUCCAUCACAAAAUUCUAUCCCCAUCAUGUUCUCGAAGAAAGUCAUCCUAUUUGUAGCUCUAACAAUUCUUCUUGGAUUGGCAGCCUUAGAUGGCGCUAGUGCGAGACUCACUAGUCACCGAAAUCUCUCGACAAAGAUCGACAAGAAAAGCUUCAAGGGCCUGAAGUCCAAAUCCGACUAUUCCAAGAAGGUGAAGAGGAAUCGUAAGAGGAAUAGUGUGAGCAAGAGCUCUAAGAAAAAAUCGAAGAAGUCAAAAAAAUCCAAGAAAUCAAAAAAGGAAAAGAAAGAGAAGAAACCCAACAAUGGAUCCCACAAAAACAAUUCGGGCAGUAUGAUGAGUAGCAAAAAGAAAUCUGGUGACAUGAUGAGUAGCAAAAACAAAUCUCGCAAUAUGAUGAGCAGCAACAAAAAGUCUGGCAGCAUGAUGAGCAACAACAAAAAGUCUGGCAGCAUGAUGAGUAGCAAAAACAAAUCCGGUGACAUGAUGAGUAGCAAAAACAAAUCUCGCAACAUGAUGAGCAGCAACAAAAAGUCUUCCAACAUGAUGAAUAGCAUGAGUAGCAAAAACAAAUCGGGCAACAUGAUGAGUGGUAAAAAUAAAUCCCGUAACAUGAGCAGAACAAGAUGAGCAGAAGAAUGAAGGUUACGAAAAUUGUCGCAACAGCUCGAAGCAGCGGUUUUGUCUCCGAAUUAAAGUGGGUAAAGACAA